AUGAACGACUUCAGCGAGGAAUACGAUUUUAUGCAAAGAAUACAUAAAGUCGAUGGACACGGAAAGAAUGACUACGCAUUGAAGGAGGCGAUUAAGAAGAAAGACGACGAAGGACAUUUUGGGAGGGAGAAAUUGGAAAAAGAUUUUUAUUUAAAAAGUAAGUAUGACAAGUACAGUAGCACGCUGAGCGGUUUUGAGAAGGAUGAUAAAUUUUUAUACAUGAAGAGAUUAAAAAAUGAAAACGAGAAUGAUAUGAAGAAGCGAGAGACCAGUUCUAGUCGCAGUAGCAUUAACGAGUUAGCCAAGGUUAACGAAGUUGUAUAUUACAUUCACGCAAACAAAAAAAAUGUGUAUGAAUAUAUAACUAAUCAAACGGAUUUAGAGAACACGUAUUAUCAGAUAGAAGAGAAACCACGUAACCUAUCAGGCAAUUUGGUGAAAGAAAAUGAAGAGUAUGUGUACUUAAACGAUAAUGCGUAUUACAAAUUUAAGAUAAAGAAGGAUGAGAAGGAGGAUGAGGAAGGGGAGAAAGGAAGUGGGGGAGGGAAUCAAAAAAUAAAGUAUACGUUAGACGAAAAUAAGAAUGUCAUAAUUGAAAAUAUGAUUGAAUCGGACAAUAUGUUGAUACACUUGUGUAACACUUUUUUUUCCGUUAAAGAUUGGGUGAAAAAUAUCUUUAUGUUUUUAAGUAAAAUUUUUCACUUUAACUUUUUGGACUACACAUAUAUAAAGAAUUACUCAUUGACAAAUUAUUUCGAUAGAAAUGUGAAGGACUAUAUGAAAUAUUUAAAGAAGAAUGAAGACUUAAGAUUAAUCAAUCAUGAUUUUCUUGCGAGGAGAAAAUAUAUUGCUCCGUAUUUUGUGUACAAUUGCAUUGACUGCAAUUAUAAUACGAAUGACAACGGGAUUAUAAUUUUGUCUUCGAUUCUUCCAUUCAUUCAUAGAUUUGACUAUGACUACAAAUUGAGACAAAUGAGAACGAAAGAGGAGGAGUUAGAUCACAUACUGAAUAGUGAGAAGGGUAGAAAAGGAGGUGACAAUUCAGGAGUGGGCUAUCCAGGAGUGGGUAGCAGAUUCCUAGAUUCGAUGAGACGGGUUAGGAACUUCUUUUUUGGCAAUUUAUUUGAAGAGGGUUAUUCUGCAAACAGUGGGGGUGGUGGGUACGGAGACGGAGGCACUGCGAUGAGCAACAACACGAGUGAGUAUACGGAGUUUUUAAAAAAGUUCGAAAAUAGUAUAAACGAAGAGGGGGAAUUAAUUCAAGAUAUCCUCUUUUCUGGAAAGGCACAAAUGAUAUUUAUUAAUUUUAAGCAGAUAGAAAACAAUUUUAACAACGUUAUCGGUAAUGUAGAAAUAAAGAACGAGAGAGUACAAGUGAGCAAUUUAAUUCUGGGUUACGAAAAAAAGGAGCAUAUAAAAUACACAGAUAUAUUAAUUUCAAACAUUUUAAAAAAUAUCAAAAAGAAGUAUCCUGAUAUGGUUAUUAAUGAUGAAAAUCCGAGGCAGUUCAUUUAUGAAGAAAACGAAUAUUCUGAGAAGUAUGCUCGAGAAGGUGAGCAAACUUUUCAUCAUGAUUACUCCCCUUUGAGCAAUAAAGACGAUACGGCGACCAUGUCCGAUAGUGUAGACAUGCAUAGGAAGAAGGAACACUACAUGUUAUCCGAUUUGAAGGAAUAUGUGUACAAUUCGCCGUCCCAUUUGAUGAAAGAGAAAAGGAAUAACUGCGAGUAUGUGACGUGUGUGUGUUUUGACAACAACUCGAAUAACUGUAAUUUGAUUAAUAACUUUGUUUUGGGUUAUAAUACUGGAAAAGUGGAAUACAUUUACGGGAAAAUUGUUUAUAGCAAUAUUAGUCAUUGUGAUUUGUUGAUAGAUUAUUAUUCGAAAAAGAAUAGAAAAUUUUCGUACGAACUGAGCAAGAGGAUUUUUUUAAACGGCGCAAUUACGAAUAUUUGUUUUAAUUCCCAGUUUGUGAAUUUUCUGUGGAUAAAUAAUAAUUGUUACUCCGUUUUUACCGAUAAUGGGAAUGUAUAUUUGUACGAGAAGAGUCUAAAGAAUGAUGGGCUGAACAGUUUUUCUCUAGUGAAAACGUUUUGCGUGGAGCAGGCCAUUUAUUUGAACUCUAUAUGUGAGUAUCAUUUGUAUAGUAAUUGCAUUUAUCUGUACACGGGCGAAAUAGAGAAAAGGAGGAGGAAGAAAAAUGGCAGCCAUCAUUUGUUCAAGAAGAAGAAGAAAAAGAGGAAUAAACAUAUGAGUGACUACUUUUAUAAAUAUGACUGCAAUUUUGUUAUCAUCGAUUUGAAUUCAGAUGUGUGUAGAGGUAUGGGAGGCGGUGGAGAAGGAGGGAUGAGCGGAGGAGGAAAUGAAGAUACCCUGGUUGGCGGAGUGAACCUACUGAAGGACAAUAUGUCCGAUGUAGAAAAUAAUAUGAAGCAAAUAAAAAUACUGGAAAGACUGAUAGAAAAUGGAAAUAACUUAGAUGAGGAUGAUGUGAACCUUGAGAGUAUGUUGCACAUUAACAUAAAAGAUUUUAACAACUAUAUUUCUACCAUCAAGGAUGGGAAUAAUCAUUUAUAUUCUGGUGAAAGUGGAGAGGAAGCCAACAUGAUGGGUAGAGACAAUUCCAAGGGGGAAUUCUCCAUGAAGAAAAUGUUAAUAAAUUACAUAAAAGAUGUGAAGAAGCAUCUGUACAAUUUGAAGGAUGAAAAUAUUAUUAACAUUUUAUUGCCCAGGUACUACAGUGCAGCGGAUGAUUAUAGUCACAGAAGUUUUUUGAACAUUCGAUUUUUUACCAUCGAAAAGUCGGACAAUAAACACCUCAUAGCUUUGGAUACUGAGACGGAUUACGUGUACAUUUACAAGAUAAGGAAGAAUGUGUACCUAGACGAUGAGGCGUUGGAAAUGUUAAAGAAUAAUCCGUAUAGCGCGUAUAGUAACCCGCUGCACAUGUUUUAUGCGAACUAUUUGAAGAGAGAGUCGUCCCUAAAGGAGGAGUGGAAAAUCUACAACGAUUAUAUUUAUGUGAAUACGAAGAAGAUGAAGAAGUACAUUAAGUACAACUUGCUUUAUAUAAUUAAGAAUCACAAAAAAAUGUUUUUUCCCCUACAUGUGUAUGUAAUAAAUACCAAAUUUAAUGAGACGGAAUAUUUUUUAUUCAUUAAAUGGGCAACUAUCAAGAACACGUUUAUAUAUGCUUCGUACAGUUCUCUUAACAGAGUGACCAAGAUGAAGGAAUACUUCCGGAAGGACGAUGAAAAGCUACUCAAGGUGUUGGAAAAUCCAAAGAACAUUUUUCUAUACAACAUUAAUGAUAAUAGCGGCGAUUUGCCUUACUUGCCUAAAGGGAAUGGCUUUGGCUAUCCCCACCCCCUGGGUCCGAGGGGAAAAUUCAUGGGCAAGGAACACCUGGGGGAGAAUGUAAGCUAUGGAAAUGGGGCGAUGGGGGUGAAUAGCCAUUUGUUGCAUAAUAAGGGGAGAAUGCAUGAGUAUAGGGAUCACAUGGGAAACCCUGUCAAGGGAUUCAACCACUACAUGGGCCAUAAUGAGGACUAUUUGAAUAAGACCCCUGUGAAAAAUGUAGGCAGAAGUUUUUACACCUCUCCCAUUGAUCACAUGAAUGCGAAUAUGCCCUACCAGUUUAAGGGGGGCCUCAAGUAUAACGACAACGACAUGUACACGGAUUAUUAUAUGAACAGUGCGGUUAAGGACCCCGAUUACGCAAACUUCCCCAACUACGGUGACUACCUAAAUGAGAGCAGCAAAAAGCAGAACGAGUCCGACAAGAAGUGGUCCUACUUGAAGAAAAUAAAUAUUUUUAACAAAAAGGACGACGAUAUAAAUGACAGCAAUUAUGUGAACACGAGGCAUGCGUACAAUCAUCAUGCGGAUGCGAAACAUAUGCAGCAGCGUACAGGUGGUCAUAUGUUCAACUUCGAUAAUGAUGAACCCAUUUUAGGCGAUAUGAAGAAUCCGAAUUUUUAUUCCUCGCCUGAACGGUUCAGGUAUAACAGAUUACAUGAGCCAGCGGACAGCUCCAAGUUAAUGAGUGACGACCACGCGAACAUGAGCGACUAUUACUACACGCAUAAUGCCAAUAGAUACCACUCCAGCGCCAUUGGCGGUGGUAGUUACGAUCCAUAUGUCCAAAAAAAUGAUAUGUAUAAUUACCGAAAUAUGAACAUGGAUUUAAAUAGCAAUAGCGCUACGCAUAAUCCGAACGCUCAUGGUGACAUGUAUCGAGGACCUAACGACGGGAGUCACUUCGCCAGUGACAUGGAGAACAACAAGUCGGCGAGCGGCAAACCGGGGAACUUAUACAGCAAUAGGGAUGGCAACGAUAUGAAUCCUAUGUAUAGUGACAAAGAAUACAGAAAUAGGUAUAAUAACUUCAGUUCGAACGAUAGCUAUUCUGGCAAUAUGCGGAAGUAUAUGUGA